AUCCCACAAUUCCAUACGGGCGCUGAACUUUUUGAGGAAAAGAGUAGAAGAGACUAGUGCAGACAGUCUUUACGAUAACUAUGGGUACGUGUUAGAAUUUAAAGUCUGUCCCCCAAAAAUAGAACCUUUUCCUUUACAGCUCAACUCGAUAGAAACCAUGCUUCCGCGAAAGCAGGAUUAUGCGAUGAAAGGAGCUAACGGGCCAAGGAGCCGUUCAGUUAUGAACUUUAAAACGGUAAAGUCGAGCUCCGUACGCCACAGUUCUGCCGUUUUGCCGUCGGUGCUGACGUUCGCUGUGAUCGUCGCAUCCGGAGGCCUGCUGCUUAUGAUUGAGAAAGGAAUGCUUAACAGCCUGGAUACACCUCCGCCUCGAGGGACCGGCCAACGGUCCGAGUACACCGCCCAUGUCAGACAACAAGGCCGGGUAGUGGACACAGACUUUCAGAUCCUUCAAGAGAUCCGCAACCGCACGAUCCGAACUAUGUGUGGUCAGAAAAGCAUGCCACACGACGUGUGGUCCCUGAGCCCGUUGCAGAGAAAAACCCUGCUGCAGCACGUCCUGGUCAACGACCAGCACCGCUUCCUCUACUGCUAUGUCCCCAAGGUGGCAUGCUCCAACUGGAAGAGGCUGCUCAAGGUGCUCAGCGGGGCCCUGGGGAAUGUGGACGUCAAGAUCAAGAUGGACCACCACAGCGACCUGCUCUUCCUCUCCUCCCUGAAGCCUGAGGAGAUCCGCUACCGCCUCAAGCACUACUUCAAGUUCCUGUUUGUGCGGGAGCCCAUGGAGCGCCUGCUCUCGGCAUACAAGAACAAGUUUGGGGAGAUCGAGAUGUACCAGAAGAGGUACGGCGUGGAAAUCGUGAAGCGCUACAGGAAGGGCCAAGGCGCCAAGGGCCCGGCUGUCAAGGGGGACGACGUGACCUUCGCAGAGUUUGUGCGGUACCUCCUGGACGAGGACGUGGAGCGCAUGAACGAGCACUGGAUGCCAGCGUACAACCUGUGCCAGCCCUGCGCCGUGUCCUAUGACUUCAUCGGCUCCUACGAGAACCUGCAGCGCGACGCUGAGUACGUUCUGCGGCGUGUGGGGGCACCCGACCAUAUCCGCUUCCCAGUCAGGCAGCCGUGGUACAAGCCGGUCACCACGGAGACGCUGCAAUACUACCUGUGCAGUCUUCCGCAGAAGCUGCUGAAAGACCUUCUGCCCAAGUACAUUCUAGACUUCUCCCUGUUCACAUACCCACUUCCCAACACAACCAAUCCGAACUGCAGACAUUGACGCUUAGGCUAUAGUGUUUAAAUAUUUUUUUCGAUAUGGAAUCUGUGUCUUUCAGCUGUACAUUGUUUUAUACUAGGGAUCAAGCCGUAUAUAGACCCUUUUCGCUCAGUACGUUAAAAUGCACAGCUUAAUCAGAUUAAAGCCGUAGUUCGACAAUGCUCCUCAUUUGGACAACUGCAAUUCUCUGAGUAUACAUGGCGGUGAGAAAAUCGAUUCAUCGGCCGAAGCAUUUCAUGCCCCGGUACGAUAGGUGGCACUGUACCCAUUUCAACUAAUAGAGCCACCGGCUGACCUCUUUACGUCACUAGCAACACCAAACUAAGGCGGCAUUCGAGUAAGAUGUUUCCAGUAGACAGCUGUCAGUUCACUUCGGGUCCAUGACACUCCAUUGUUCCGACCUCUCGGUCGUAUGCAGACUCCUCUGGUGGCGGCGGAGCAGCUCCUCCGAGAGUCCGCAUACGGCAACCAUCCCUUUCUCCUCCAUGUUGCAGUUCAAUCUUUGCUUCAGAGUUAAAGCCAAAGUUCCUCUCCCCCCAAUUCCUUCUCCACCAUGGCCAAGAUAACCCUCACUACAAGUCUUUACUUUUUUCUGAAGUACCAGAGAGUCGGAGAACCCGACGCAGUCAUUAAGAUUCCACAUAACAGAGAACAUCCCAGUCAGUUCGGCUGCGGUGCAAUGAAUGAAGAUCGUAAACACGUCGGAAGAAAAAAACCCAUUUUGACCGAUAUGCCCGAAGUUACUACUUUACAACCUUGUUGAUGACGAACAUUUAGAAAAACAUGUAGUUUUAAAUCAGCCUUGGGUGAAAUCGAAGUGUUACACCUUACCUGCUGUCGGCUCCCAGAUCGUAGUUGAGGAGCACAGGAGAGACGUUCCCUCCAGGGCCGAUGUUCUCUCGGGGGCAACACCCUUCACUUUGACGGGCAGUAGGUCUGCUUUUAGGUCAGAAUGAAGCAGCUAUCGUUUCUUGAAGGGCUGGGUAAUUUAUUCGUAGUUCCACAAACUUUACAGUACACAUUUGUACAGACACAACCGGACUCGUUAAAUUCAUGAAACUGACACACGCUACUGCUCAAUCUCCUCGCUCAUUCACUCACUCGCUGAGGUCACUCACACACACUGCCAUUCUCGUGCACACACAUACGCUACUCUCGUAACAGAUGUGUAGUGUGUACUGAAUGCUUGAUGAUGAUACACUUAAAGGGGGUAACUACAUCGGCAAGACACCGGCUUCUUCCAUCUUCUUGGCCACCUUUUUAAAUAAAUUGCUGUUUCUCGUUUUCCGAUGGAGACAACACAAGUAUCGUCUCCUUAUACUUUCGGCUCACGGCUCCGGGAAAAGACCCCCAUCAUGCGCAGAAUGCAAAAUGCAAUUCCAAUCGAAUUUAACGCAUACAUGCAUGCUAAAUAGCGACUAUCAAUCGAAUAAUCUAGGGGUCUUAAUCCGACUAUGGGUAACCCGAUUCGAUUUGAUUUUAGUCAGACCAAAGCGUAUACAUGCAUCUGAAUAAUCCAAUAAUAGUCGGAUUAAGCCAAUAAUUAGAUUUUCUUGAGUGUCAUGUAAACGCACUGUGGAUGCGUCAGGGGGCAGGUAGACCAAAGUGAAGAUAUUAAUCAUUGCUACUUCAAUGUCAUGCCCUGGUAUUUAAUGGUAGCAGGCCCAUAAUUUAUAUUAAGAGGGAGUCUUGUUUAAUGGAUAUAUUGGGGGCACAGAAGGGAUGCAUACCAUACUCGUAUCGGACAUCCGAAUCAUUCGUAGAUACGUAAAUACAACACAUGAGCAUUGUAUUUUUUAAGUAUGUCUUUGUAUUGACUUGUUCCUCCAUUACAUUUUUACAAAAUUUGUCUGUUAAUCCAAAGACUGAAAGUUGCGGCAUGUUAAACCCCUAAAACUUGAAUCAAUUGUACAAAUUGCCACGUUUAACAGGUUACUGCCAGCCAAACUCAUUUGAAUGUUAUUAAUUUUAGUUUACAAUCAAACCUCGUCUACUAGAUAAUUAUUUUGUACGAUUAAACGUUUUAUUCACAA